AGAGAUAUAUACAAUGUAACACUGCUCUUGCGAGCAUCUACCAGUGCUGAUGGAAAUUAUCACAGGAUUCUGUCGGAGCAGGAGAAUUGUUUUAUUUUAUUUCACACAGUGGUGAUAUAUAUCAGAAGAUGAAGUAAACACUCCAGGUUUUUUGGGGGGAGAGAUUUUCUUGUAUUGAAAGCUUUUUUCCAUACACAUAUAUAAUAUAGGUAACAUGUUUGCUCGCUCAGCAGUGAUCUUUGUUCCUCUUGUGUAGCCUGCCUUCACCUUUCUUAUGGGAAUACUUGCAACUGAACUCGACACAACAGUAAUUGAUUUUAAUGGUACAAGAGAGAGUGGGUAAAUUGCUUUUUCUGCUUCUCUGACCAACUGCAAAUUCUUACCUGUAAGUAAGUAAAGCCAUCAUGGUUUAUGAAUUGAGAACAGAUUACGGUGACAGGGGAUAUGUUGUGGAAUACCUGGCCAGCAAUACAUCGGAGAAUUGUAAAAGUUGGAUCUUAGUCCCGGCAGAAAAUCUGUGGCCGGAAUGGGUCAGGGGACUUCUAUAUGUGCUCUGCAUGGCCUAUUUUUUCUUAGGAGUUGCCAUUUCUUCGGAUAUAUUCAUGAACAGUAUCGAGGUUCUGACCAGCAAAAAACGAACCGUGAAACAAUGGGACCCUGAAAAAAAUGAAAUGAAAGAGGUGGAAGUGUUCAUUUGGAAUGAGACAGUGGCAAACCUGACCUUGAUGGCAUUAGGAAGUAGUGCUCCAGAAAUUCUUCUAGCUACCUUUGAGGCAAUAGGUUCUCUGGGUUCCAAUGAUUCGUCGAAGGACUCUUUAGGAACAUUUACCAUUAUUGGAAGUGCCGCUUUCAAUCUGUUGAUCAUCACAUCUGUUUGUGUUGUCAGUGUACAUGGAGAUGAACCGAAAUACAUCAAAGAGUUUGGAGUCUUUCUGUUAACCUCCUUCUGGUCACUAUGGGCUUAUAUUUGGUUGCUCUUAACUGUUCAGUACAUAACACCUGGGGUAAUUGACCCCUGGGAGGCUUGGGUUACCCUCCUGUAUAUGCCUCUCUUUGUCUUCUUGGCCUACGCCACUGAUAAUGGAUGGUGGAGGGAUAAAUGUUGUAAAAAAACGAACGAAGUCGAUGCUCAAGAGCCCAAACAAAUGGACCACAUCAGGAUCAUGACCAACCAACAGAGGAGGGGGUCCUUCGCUGGACACGCCACGGCAGGAAAAGAACUCCACAUGUUGGAGGUGGAAAAGCAGCAGAAAUUAAGUGUGCUCAGCCUUCAUUCUCUUGAUAAAAAAUCAAGAUCAGAUGAUCAUCUUCAUCCUUAUGGCAAUGACCGCCGGCUCUCAUUAUCGCCCGGUCCCAAAUCGGCCAAAGACAUCAAUGUGUCUUUAGACAGCGACAGUCACGAGAAAGACCAUGAUCAAUCUAAUGCAGAGGACAGACUGGUCAAGAUGGAGAAGGGGAGCAAGGAACCCCAGCAGUCCUUUGCCAGAGCAAGAAAUCAUAAAAAUAUCAGCACCAGUAUAAUGAACAGAGCCCGAUUCCGGCAUGCAGUGGUCAGUGCAAUGACCGGUACCAAAAAGAGGGUCGGUAGUGGCCACAAGUCUGCUAGGUUUGCUGAAUUGGUCAAACAAGUCCAGAGCAUCAACCAGGCUAGCAAAGAGGGAAAAAUGCCUGCAGGGGACUUGUAUGGGAAGUUCACAUUUGCCUCUGACAGAUAUGCCGUUCUGGAGAGUGCUGGGAAACUGACUAUUGAUGUUCUCUUUCAUCGAAACAUGCCGAAAGCUGGCAUGAAAGCACAGAUUAUGAAUGGAGACACUGUUGCAUUUAAGAAUGGUUCUACACAACCAACAUCAAUCCCUGCCACUGCCAACCCUGCAAGCAAAAACAACAUGGAGCAGGUCUUUGAAGGGACAGUCACUGUGGAAUUUGAGACCAGGGAGGGCUCUGGAAAGGCUGGCAAAGAUUUCAAAUACAGAAAUGGUACCUUGACUUUCAAGGACACAGAAUACAGACAGAGUAUCACUCUUGAUAUCAUCAAUGACAACCAAUUUGAGAACGAUUGCGAUUUUUACGUGAUUCUCAAAAAUGCGACAAACGGCACAUCACUGGGAGAUCCUAGUGUGACCAGAGUCACCAUUGUGGAUGACGAUGAACCUGGAGAAUUUCAGUUUGAGAGUCCACACGUCUAUGCUGAUUUGUCCUCUGGGAAAGUAAAGGUCACGGUUCUAAGAGAGUAUGGUGUAGAUGGCAAAGUCACAAUGGAAUACUCCACCAUUGAUGGCACAGCAGUAGGCGGGACUAGUAUUUCCAAAGAUGUGGACUACAUUCAGGCAUCAGGCACUCUAGAAUUUAAACACCAAGAAACCAGCAAAACAAUAGAGGUCAAAAUCAAUAAAGAGGCCAAGUAUCUACCAAGUAUGGGAUCUAAAAACUUUGUUAUUGCUCUAAAAAAUCCAAGUCUGGGUGCAAAAAUAGGCCACAGAAGUGCUGUAGUCUGUCAUAUAAAUAAAGAGUCCAUAGAGGACCGUAUCGCAGAGGUUAUCAAAGAGGAGGAGGAGGAAGAACCAGUCACAUGGGCGGGGCAGUUCAAAAAUGCCAUGUCUAUAGAGGGGGGUCAGGAUGACGACGGAAAUGACAUUCCUCCAACAUUUAUGGACUAUUUACUUCACUUCCUCACCUUCUUCUGGAAACUUUUAGGAGCAAUGGUGCCACCAACGACAUUGUUAGGUGCUUGGCCAGCAUUUGUGUUUUCUCUGGUAUACAUCGCAUUACUCACAUUAGUUAUAGAACAGUUGGGGCAUUUGCUUGGUUGUGUAGUGGGUCUAAAGACUAGCGUAGCAGGUAUAACAAUCAUCGCUUUGGGAACCAGUUUACCAGAUACAUUCGCCAGUCGGACGGCAGCCAUUCAGGAUGAACAUGCCGAUGCUGCCAUUGGAAAUGUAACAGGUAGUAACAGUGUGAAUGUAUUCCUUGGUCUGGGACUACCCUGGGUUCUGAGUACUAUGUAUGCUUACGCCACUGGAACCACAUAUAAAGUGCCCACUGGCAACUUAACUCAGAGUGUCAUCAUCUUUUCUACAUUAGGAGCUCUAUGUAUUGUCAUCCUUGUUUUAAGGAGAAAGUUUGUUGGGGGAGAACUCGGAGGCAAGAACCCCAUUAUCAAGUGGGGGUCCAGCUUGAUCUUAUUCCUAAUGUGGGUGAUCUACAUUGUGUUGGCCAGUCUGAAGGCGUACGACAUCUUGGACUGGGAGGUGUGAAGUGGACAGUAUAAAUAACUGUGUGAAUGUGAGUGCCAAAAACUGAGCUAAAAAUAAUUGAAGCCGAGGCCACCAGGGGGAAACUGUAAUGGUGUAUCUCAGCGAGGACUUGUUGGGUUUUAAUUGUUAUGGUUGUUGGAUUCUUCACCAGAGAGAGAACAAAAAAUCUGCUCCAUAUGUAUACUAAUUUAUCAUACGAAACUGAUAAUUAUGUAAUAUUGUCAAGUGUGCGAAUUUAUUGACAUUUUUGCAUUUUUUUUAAUUUGAGGAAUACAUCUUGAACAUUUCAAAGAGUGGUGAAGAAGAAUUUAUUUGUAAAUAGAGGUAGUAAAUUAUACAUGUACUUGCUAAAGAUGUCACAUGAUUUUAAGAAGGUAUUUUAAUUUUGACACCUUAAGCAUUAUGUUAUGAAAAAAAAAAUGUUAUAACUUGAUGAUAUUGUUACAUCUUAGAGUGCUAUUAUAUUAGAGACUGUUAGUCCCAACCUCUAGUUUUAAAAAAAAGAACCAAACUGUGAUAAAUUCUUUGUUGUUUUUAUUUUUGUAUAAAUAAAUGAGAGUUUAUAUACAUUCCUCUAUUGACCUGUACAUUACCUACCCAUGGUGAUUGAUAUCGUGCUGCUUAGAGGAGAUUGUUACUAGAAUUAGUAAUAUAACUUCUUAUUUUUGUUUUUUACAUUUUUAUUAUUUCAUUAAUUUAUGUACAGAUUUUUUUUUUCUCCAUGUUAGAAGCCAAAUGUGAUUGCGAGUGUUUGAACAAAAGCCACAUGAAUUUGUUUGUGUGUCAGUAUUUCAUUGUUACGCAUGGUAUAGAGAAAAAUGCAUGUGAUAUUUACAGUAUUGAAAUUUAUUUUUGUUGAUUUUCAUUUUUAUGUGAUGCAUUUUUAGUAUUAAUUUUUUAAAAUUUAGAUCACCAGUUCAUUCAUGCUGUUUUUAUUUACACCAAAUACUCAGUGAUAAAGAAUGGCUUAAAUUGUUAUUUGUUUGUGAAAUGCAACAUUUUAAGUCUUUUUUCCUCCCAACCCCAUGAAAUGUAAUGAUGAAAACUAUGAUGCAGAAUUGAAAAAAAUAGUUGCUAUUUUAGAAUAUGAGUAUGAAUAUCUGUUAAAAUGGAAACACCAAAUAAUUGUGAUUUUAUCUGAACAAAAAAUUAAAAACAUACACCAAUAGAUUAUUUCAUACUUCACUAACAAUAUAUGAAUGUUACUCUGCCUCCAAGGUUGAGCAUUAAUUAACCAUCCACUUAAGUUGUGAUAAUCUUUUUUUCUUUCUUCUCUUAUUUGUGUUGUUAAUUUUAGUGAAUUUCAUCUCUCUAAGUAUUUUGUGUAUUUAACUGUUAUGUGAUGUUUAUCAUCUCAAUUUUUCAACUGCUGAUCAAAAAAAUUUUCCCUACAGGAGAAAAUGUGAUUACAUCAACAGUAUUAUAUCGUCAGCAGAUACAUCAAAAUAACUCACUCUGGUGUGUGUGCUUUUUAUUAACGACUCCGUGACAAAACAUUUGUAGAGAGGUUUUUUUUUUCUUGAUUUCAUGGCUUGAUCUAACAGUUUCCAAACUUUAAAAAAAAAAUAGGUAUUGUCUACAUGAAUUGUUCAAGUGAGUUUUAAAAAAAUGAUAAUAAAGUUUGAUAUUAUCUGUA